AUGAACUCAUCUUAUGUCCUCCAAUAUUCUCUUGUCUUCAUAUUUUCUCUGCUUGUUCCUCACCGAUGUGCCGCCCCUAUCGAAAAACUCUCGGCUGAUACAAUCAGCAAAACAUGCGAGCAAUGUGCCCAAAAAGCUUCAUCUAGUUUAACCUACGACUUUUGUUAUACAUCACUCGACGCAGUUCCCCUUAGCCAUGUUGCGGAUCCUGCAGGCCUAGGGCUCAUCGCACUGGAAUUAGCUCUAGAGAACACGACAACCACAGCAUCGACCAUAAGCAGUAUCCUAAACAAAAAUGAAUCGAAUCCUGGUUAUAGCUGUCUAAAGCAAUGCUUUGAGCUAUAUCUUGAUAUAAGCGUAAAACUGGAAGAGAGUAUUAAAGACUUUGUGUAUGGAAAGAAUUAUGAUGUUGUAUACUUGUGGGUUAGUGAAAUAAUGCAACAAACUCAUGUAUGUGAAGCAGGGUUUAAGGAGAAGGGAGUUGAAUCUCCUCUAACAAAGGAGAACCAUAACUUAAGUCAACUGUGUAGUAUUGUUUUGUGUAUAAUGGACUUAAUUAGAUCAGAUCUUAGAUCAUGGUUCUGAUUCAGUUUCAGUUAGAUGCAUCUAACAGCAUUUCAUCUUGUGCAAUUGCGUUGUAGCCUCAAGGAGGCAAUAUAUAACGAAUGAUGCUUUUCGAAUGCACGAGAUGCUAUGUUUUUUGAA